AUGGGAGAGAUAAAAACAGCUGGGCUCUACUUGGAUUUUGAUGGGUAUGUUGUACUUUAGAUUUUUAUAUUUUUUAGUUUGCCGGAAUGGGACGAUUUCUCUGAUGAAGAAGACGAAGAGGUCAGCGAGGACGAAGAACAGCAUAAACAGAAGCCAGAGGUUAGUCUGAAAGUUUUGGGGGAGCAUACUUUCAAAGAUGUCAAAAGUCUAACGUAAGUAAUUUUAUUCUUGUCCACUUUGUCUUUAGAUCAGUUCCAAAGUGGGCAGAGAAUGCUGUAGAAUUUGAUGGAAACAUCCGUAAAUCCAAAGGAGGCGUGCUGGAGUCUUACGAAGGCCUCGAUCAGCAGCUUUUCGAUGCUGUUUCCAAACAAAUUAACAGUUGGUUUCCAGUUCAGAAGACGGUGCUUCCUCAAUUGAUCAAUGAGACAGUGAAAGCAACGUUGUUCCCGUCUCGGGAUAUUGCGAUCAGUGCUCCAACAGGAAGUGGAAAGACGCUGUGUUAUUUACUUCCAAUUAUAAAUUCGUUUUCCAAACCCAGACCCAAGGAUAAGGUUUUUGCCCUUAUUUUGGCGCCACUACCCGCGUUAGUCAGGCAAAUUGCAAAUGUAAGUGCUUUUUGGAUCCUAAAUUUUGUUCUGAAUAUGUUCUGAACAACUUUAUUCUUUAGGAAUUUGCCAAACUUAACGUCUUUAACACCAAAAUCGUCGCUUUGAAGUCAAAGUUGUCAUUUGAAGAUGAGAAACGUAUUUUAUUUCCGGAGCAAUCCGAAAAAUCGGACGCGAAUAUCAUAAUCUCCACCCCAGACAGAUUGAUUCAACACAUUUUGGAUGAAGACAACGGAUCUUUCGAUUUUUCGCAGCUCAGAUACCUUGUUGUAGAUGAGGCGGAUGGAAUGUUCAUGCCGCGCGAAAAUUUUUUGGAUCUAAUUGAAACAAUGGCUAAUUGUAAGUACUUUUUAUUUAUUUGUUCUUGUUUUUAGUGAGAAGAAAGUUGAAGUCGACAAUUAAAUUAUCCAUGAGUUGCAGGUCCGAAAAAUCAUCCGAUGAGUUACAAAUCCUUAACGGACGGAAGCAAGAAUACAAGACUCCAAAAGAUUUUGGUCUCAGCGACUUUGUCACUCGAGGCUGAUAAGUUGCAUGACUGGAAUCUCCGUUGUCCGAAACUUUAUAAAGCCAGUGCAAAGAAGGCCAAGGAGAAGAAGGUUGAAAACACCGAAGAAGGUGACAAAAAAGAAGAACCAAUGGAAGUAGAUGGUAAUGAAGACAUCGCCAAGUUUACAUUGCCACAGAAAUUAAAGCAGGAAGUGGUAAGAAUAUCUAUUAUAUUAUCCUUGAUAUCAACCUUUUUUAGAGGAUAUGCAAGUCCGAAUUCAAGCCGCUUUUGGUGUAUAGAUACUUGAAAUGUAACCCGGAGUGGAAGAAAGUUCUCGUCUUUGUAAAUACUAUGUGAGUUUUAUAUUAUUUUAGAGUUAUAUAUGUUUAGGUAAACUGCUGAUGAUGUAUAAACAAAUUGAUGAUUUCAGAUCGAGUUCACAGCGAUUAAAGAUGCUACUGGAAUAUUUGUUAGGCACAGAGCUUAAGGUAGCCGAAAUCUCUUCGAAUAUUUUUGGCAGAAGACGGUUUCGACUUCUUCAAGGCUUCAAAAACGGAAAUGUAAGUGGUUUUUAAUUGUUUUCAUUCGGAGUUUAGAUCAAUGUGGUGAUAUCAGCAGGAAGUCUGGGUCGAGGAAUGGACGUGCCGGAUAUAGAUUGUGUGAUCAAUUACGACAUCCCGUCGGAUUCACACGUUUAUAUUCACCGUGCCGGCAGAACAGCGAGAGCCGGGAAAAAGGGAACCGUUGUGACUUUGAGCACGAAAGAAGAGGUGAGUUGAGUUUUGGGGGCUAAGGUAGUACAACCCCCCAGUCCAGUUUAGCCCCCCAUGACCCAGUACAACCCCCCUCGUCCGUUCUGAACCCCAAAAUUUAUUUCAAAGAAUUAAUCCAAGUUGCAUGGUCCAGCACAAGCCCCCUACGUUUUAGAUCAAACCCCCACUUACAUUUUUUGUAUUAUUCUAAUUUGUUCAUUAUGUUUGGGGUGUGAAACGGGCAAAACAGUGGGGGUUUGAACUACCUUUCGUGGGGGGCUGAACUACCGAAGCCCCGAGUUUUGCAACAUGUGCAGAGGUUCUUGAAGUAUAAUUUAUUGAAGGAUGGCAAUAAUAAUAUUCGAUUUUAGCGUCUAAAAUUGAAGAAGAACUUGAUCGCUGUCGGAAUUUGGGAUCCUGAAGCAGAGAACAAAGAAAAGGACUUGCAAUUCAUUGAGGAAUAUAAAGACCAGUACCAGAAGGCUCUAGAUGCUCUAAAAGAACGGCUGGAGUCCAUUGGAAAGAGUUGA